AACCACCGUGCACGAACUCAAAAACGGGUGGAGCUAAAAUUUUGUCCUUACGCUGCUCGAACUACGACUGGGUACGGGAGUUGCUAGUGCUGAUGACUUUGCAAGGCUGUGAGAGACGAUCGUUACAGACUCGGUUGCUUCUAUGCAAGUGAUCUGUGGCACGACAAAUGUAUCCCUACUAGCUCUGCACUUAUCUCGGCGCCUUUCCAUCAGCUGUGGCAUCUUCGACUUCUCCUUGUUCCUUUUUCUCGCAUAUUAUCAAAAGGAAGUGUUCCUUCGCGUCACUCUCUUUAUAUGCAGAGUUUCCCUGCCUCGCCAUGGCGGAGAUAUCCCAUUUGUUGUUGGCAGUGCUGUGCACGUUUCUUUCUUUGAUGGUCUCUGCCGAUUAUCAUGGAGUUACAUUCCUUUUCCCUAUUGAUGGUCUCACGCUGAGCCAUGAUGACACCGUCAACGUGACAUACACAUCGGACUUUCCAGUCCCACUCCUGUAUACCUUCUGCAGAAACUCUACAGAUAACAAUCUGAUAACUGAAGUCCGCGAGAGCGUCCCGGGAUUCAAUGGUUCAGAACUCGUGCAACUCAAAUGGCCCAACAUAUCCAGUUGUUACUGGGAUCUCCGACCCAAUACAUCAUAUGGAUACGGAGCCAACAGCCCUUCGAUCAACGUCCUCGCAACAUCCCGUCCCGAACCCUCAACUGUUGGACUCGCACAGGUGACAGCCACAGGUGCUGCAGAGACGGGCUCGGCAUCAAGUGACGGAACACCAAGCUCCACACCCAGCUCAAGCUCAAGCAGUGGACUAAGCACAGGAGCGAAAGCUGGAAUUGGUGUUGGAGUCGCUCUAGGUGUUAUUAUUAUUGCUGCUGUGGCAGGAUUCUUCUUUCUGCGAAGGCGGAAGCAGAAGACAGCGGUAGCUGUGCCUAAUACUCCGGUCUCUCCCGAUUAUCCUGCAUAUCCAAAGAACACGAGAUGGCGACCUCAGGUUACUCCUCAAUAUAGAGAAGCGACAUUUGCACACUCUCCGCAUCAGGAGUAUCAUGAGGCACAUGAUGUGCCGAAACCGCAGGAAUUACCUUCGGACGUUAAGCACGAAAUGCCUGCUGGGGAACUUAGACACGAGUUGAGAUGAGAUGUACGAGGCGAAAGCAUGGGAUCGAGAGGAUGGCUGAGAGAGGAUAGGGAAAAUGUCAAAAGUCCCGAAUUAGGU